CUCUAUGAUCUCUUAGCAUCCUGUUUCUGCUUGGUUUCUGCAAAACACUGUCCCUUUGUACACAUGAGCAAGGAGCAGAAUAUUUUCUUCUCAAAUUUUCCAAAGUAUUCCUUGCCAGCUCCAGGCAGCAUUUGUUGAAGGAAGCCUGUGGCACAGGCAGUCAGGUGGGUGUAGACAUUCCCAGCACACUUGAAGAAUUAAACCCUCAGGCUUGACCUUAUGUGUAGCUACGAGUAGAUUGUUGUAGCCUUGGUGGAGACUGGAAUUACCAAAGUGUGUAUAAAAAGUCAAGACUCUUUAAUAGUAAAAGUCACAAAAAUGGUUUUGUUUUAUGGUUCUCACUACUUUUCUUCUUGUUUGUGAUACUGCCUUUAGAUGUUUUUGCAGCUUUUGCUAUGGAAGAGAUUUAAUGCUUUAUCAAUGUGCAAAGCUGCCUAGUGGCAAGUGCCAGUUUCAGCUGUACCUCUCCGGUGUGAGCAAGUGAAAUAUUAAUUAGGCUUUAAAUAGCAUUAGGAGCUUUCAAAACAGGUGGGUUUGGUUUUUGGAUACAGCAUUUAUCACCCAGAAGAAAUUGGCAACUCUUUAGAGCAUAUAGUAUUUUUCUGUGGUUAAGGGAAGCACUUUGUCAAUUCUACAUAAAAAAAUUAUCUUAACUUACUGAAAAAAAAACCUGGAUGUGCUUUAAAAUAUUAAAAAUGGCUGUGCUAUAAACAAGUUUUUGCAGGUUACACCCCCAAGAAGGACGAUUUUAUUAUAACUUGGUGUUUGUUAGAUGCACUCCUAUUUAUGAAGUAGUAUUUCCCUGGCAGCAGCAGGCAUCAAAGAGCUCAUUGUUUCCUUUUCUUACUGCUACUUUUGUUCUCCAAGCAUUGUUUAGCUCAAAAGCUUGUUUUUACAGGUGGUUUUUUGCUGGUUUAUGAUGUUUUGUCUGUUCUCACUGUGUUGUGUGGUAUUAUUUCACCUCAUGUACUAAUGACACUUGAUGUAUAUGAUACUGAUCUGUCUCAGCAGUGCACUGUGUGUUUAGUUGGUUGUGUUUUCCAGAGAAGCUUCCCAGCCCUGGAAGUGUUCACGACCAGGUUAGACAGGACUUGGAGCAACCUGGGAUAGUGGAAGAUGUAUCUGCCCAUUGCAGGGGGUGGAAUGAGAGCAUCCAUAAGGUUGCUUCCAUUCCAUGAUAAACACUUUUAAAGCUUGACUAGAAGCUGGAAUUUUUUCUUGACUCUUAUUUUUUAACUUGUUUGGUUAGUGGCAGGACUUUGCUCAAGUAAAGGAGUUUUAAGUGGCUGUUUUACCUAUCAGUGGGAAUGAAAAAUAAAACCACUCAUGAUUUUAAUUCCCAAUAACUGAGCGUUUAGGGUGCUUCUAUAUAGAGUUUGAGACAGACAGAGUUGGAAAAAUAUGUUCCAAACUUACGAGACUGGAAGAAGAGACUUUUACAGAAGACACCUCUCAUGCAUGAAGGAACUUGAUUCUUUACAUGGCAGAAGAGCUGGUUGAAGCUUAUGGAAAUCAGAACUAUUAUUAGCUUGGAUGCACCUGUUUUACUGGUUUCUUAUGUGAUUAGAGAUGAAGUGGAGAAGUACAACCGGAACGGGGUAAAUGCACUUCAGCUGGACCCAGCAUUAAACAGACUCUUCACGGCAGGGCGGGACUCCAUCAUAAGGAUAUGGAGUGUCAAUCAGCACAAGCAAGACCCUUACAUAGCAUCUAUGGAACAUCACACAGAUUGGGUAAAUGACAUUGUGCUCUGCUGCAAUGGCAAAACGUUGAUAUCUGCUUCUUCAGAUACUACUGUUAAAGUGUGGAAUGCACAUAAGGGAUUUUGCAUGUCAACACUAAGGACGCAUAAGGACUAUGUGAAAGCCUUAGCAUAUGCAAAAGAUAAGGAGCUGGUAGCAUCUGCUGGGCUGGACAGACAGAUAUUCCUCUGGGAUGUAAAUACUCUCACAGCACUGACUGCCUCAAAUAAUACUGUCACAACUUCUUCCCUGAGUGGGAACAAAGACUCAAUCUACAGCCUUGCAAUGAAUCAAAUGGGAACAGUUAUUGUAUCAGGGUCCACUGAAAAGGUUCUAAGGGUGUGGGAUCCAAGGACUUGUGCAAAACUAAUGAAACUCAAAGGACACACAGACAACGUCAAAGCUUUGUUGUUGAACAGAGAUGGCACCCAGUGUCUUUCAGGCAGCUCUGAUGGGACAAUCCGCCUGUGGUCCCUUGGGCAGCAGAGGUGCAUAGCCACGUACAGAGUCCAUGAUGAAGGUGUUUGGGCUCUGCAGGUCAAUGAAGCCUUCACUCAUGUUUAUUCAGGAGGAAGAGACAGGAAGAUUUAUUGUACAGAUUUACGAAAUCCUGAUAUCCGGGUGCUGAUCUGUGAAGAAAAGGCACCAGUUCUUAAGAUGGAACUGGAUAGAUCAGCUGAUCCUCCUCCAGCGCUUUGGGUUGCAACAACUAAAUCCUCUGUGAAUAAAUGGACUUUGAAGGGAAUCCAUAAUUUUAGAGCAUCAGGAGAUUAUGAUAAUGAUUGUACCAAUCCCAUACCACCCCUGUGUACACAGCCUGACCAAGUUAUAAAAGGGGGUGCUAGUAUUAUUCAGUGCCACAUACUUAAUGACAAGAGGCACAUAUUAACCAAAGACACAAAUAAUAAUGUGGCAUACUGGGAUGUCUUGAAGGCAUGUAAAGUUGAAGACCUUGGGAAAGUGGAUUUUGAAGAAGAAAUUAAGAAGAGAUUUAAAAUGGUUUAUGUGCCAAACUGGUUCUCAGUGGACUUAAAAACUGGGAUGUUGACAAUUACUUUGGAUGAAAGUGACUGCUUUGCAGCCUGGGUUUCAGCAAAAGAUGCUGGAUUUAGCAGUCCCGAUGGUUCUGAUCCAAAAUUAAACCUUGGAGGGCUUCUGCUGCAAGCACUUCUGGAGUAUUGGCCUAGAACACAUAUCAAUCCAAUGGAUGAAGAAGAAAAUGAGAUAAACCAUGUGAAUGGGGAGCAGGAGAACAGAGUCCAGAAAGGAAAUGGAUACUUCCAAGUGCCACCACAUACACCAGUUAUUUUUGGUGAGGCUGGAGGACGCACUUUGUUCAGGUUGUUAUGUCGGGAUUCAGGAGGUGAAACUGAAUCCAUGCUUCUUAAUGAAACUGUGCCACAAUGGGUAAUUGACAUCACUGUGGAUAAAAAUAUGCCCAAGUUCAAUAAGAUUCCCUUCUACCUCCAACCUCAUUCAUCAUCAGGGGCAAAAACUCUAAAAAAAGACCGGCUGUCAGCCAGUGACAUGCUUCAGGUGAGAAAAGUGAUGGAACACGUGUAUGAGAAAAUCAUUAACUUGGAUAAUGAGUCUCAGACAACGAGCUCCUCCAAUAAUGAGAAAGCAGGGGAACAAGAAAAGGAGGAGGACAUUGCUGUACUAGCAGAGGAGAAGAUUGAACUUCUGUGCCAGGACCAGGUUUUGGACCCCAACAUGGACCUUCGAACUGUAAAGCAUUUCAUCUGGAAGAGUGGUGGGGACCUGACGCUUCACUACCGCCAGAAAUCAACGUGAGGGCAGCGCGCACCCAGAGCGGUCAUGAGCUACUUGACCUUGCUGUGCUGGUUCCAAAAGUAGUUCUAGAGCAGCCCACUGAACCCCUAAGGUAGAUGAGACUUUUAAUGCCUCAGUAUGGAUGGGAAGUCAACAUUUAAUUGAAGUGACUAAUAGACCUGUAAUAUAGAGGAGAAAAAAAAAAUCUAUAUGACUUAAACUAAAGUCUGUCCUAGUCUCAGUCAAUGAGAUGGGAGGUCCCUGAGUGGUUCGUGUUGUGUGAGGUGUACAGAGAGUGGAUGAUAACCCAGUGCAGACUUUUGCUUCCUCCUUUUUGCUUUUGGUUUUUUCCCAGAACGUAAUCCCCUCAUCAAACUGGUUUGGCUGUAUUAGUCACAAUGUAAUUAAGAACUGCACACGAGGUAUUUUUAGUACAUUCCAUUCAUAAAGUUCCAGCAGUGAUUUCUCACAGGUUACUUAAGCAUUUCUGCCACUAGAAAAAAUUUGGAAAAGAAAACACCAGAAAAUAGAUAUUCCAUACUUGAAUGAAUGGGCCCAUUUAAUUGCAAACCAAGGGUUAACAUGAAAAUAGUUUUAAUUGCUUUAGAGAGCUGUUGACAUGCAAGAUAAGAACACUAGAAAAAUAUCAGAGCAGUGAGUCCAGUGAUGCUGUGCAUCAUAAUAGAGUGAACGUGCUUUGCAGCAACUUAGAGAUUUUUUUUUUUUUCUAAAUAUAUAUAACUACUUCCUGCACUGUGUCCUAGGUGUUCUAAAGACACACCAGUCUGAUUUUUGGUAACUGUGCUCCAAAAGUGUGUGACAUUUUGUUAAAACUUCAAACCAUUCUGAUUAUAACUUCAUAUGUUUAAUGUUAAACUUUAGAAACUUCUCAGCAGAUUUCAUAUUCAUGAGAUAAAAAUACUGAUUCUUCUUUUCUGA